CACUAGAUGGCGCUGCCUGUUAGCGCUUGUGCCGCGGAUUCAACCGCUGGGUGCAGGUAACAUUAUGGUACCGCCUCUGCUCUCGGUCCAGCCAACUUGGCCAACAUGCCUCUUUGAAAGCGUCAAGUCACACCGCUGUAACUUUGUCUCUGCGUGUGGAUUUAAAGGGUAAUCCGCAGCGUUUCCCCGACGGAACCACAAACCCGACACGUGCCGACGCUCAACCCUGAGAUGUGGACUCACCUGAUAACCGGCGCAUUCUAGCUUUAAGAGAAAUAUCAACUUCCAAAAAGACUUUUUAAUUAUUUAUUUUUUUACAUUUUUUAAAAUUUCUUGUGAUCAUUCACCCGGGAUUUUAUACAAAUGGAUGCGCUGUGGGUCCGCUGUGUUUUCCUCCUGGCAUGUUGUUGUGCAUCAGGACUCGGCAGCGCGAACAAAUGCGACGAAGUGCGCAAAGUUUUCCAACUCAGACAAAUCGGACCAAGUCACCUAUUGCCUUCAAAUCCAAGACCAGGUUCAGACCUUCAGGUGUGUGUUUCCAAGAACUCCACAUGCUGCACCAAAAAGAUGGAGGAGAGGUACCAGGUGGCAGCCCGGAGAGACAUCCAGAACCUCCUCCAGACGUCCAGCUCCAGCCUGAAGUUUCUCAUAGCGCGCAACGUGGCCGCUUUUCAAGAGUCCUUCGAGGCCUUGCUGUGGCAGGCGGAGAAUUACACCAUCACCCUCUUCCAGGAUUUGUACCACAGCAUGGCUGAUCAGGCCGCGGGCCCCGUGCGGGAACUCUUCACUGACAUCAGCCUCUUCCUGCUGGGCUCUGAGUUCAGUGUCGAUGAGUUAGUGCAGCGCUUCUUUGACGCGCUCUUCCCUCUGGUCUACGAUCACCUCAUCAGCCCGAGCCUCAGUGGCAUAUCGCCGGGCCACGCCGAGUGCGUGAGGUCAUUAAGCCGCAGCGUCAGACCGUUCGGCGGGGUGCCCGGCCACCUGGCCGAUCAGAUCGCUCGCUCCGGGGUCUCUGGGAAGCUUCUUCUUCAGGCACUGCACCUGGGAAUCGAAGUCAUCAAUACCACGGACCACUUACAGCUAAGCCGCGAGUGCAGACGGGCCCUGCUUAAGAUGCACUACUGCCCUCAUUGCCAGGGCUUAACCCAGUCCAAGCCCUGCAUGGGCUACUGCAUCAACGUGAUGCGAGGGUGUUUGGCGAGCAUGGCAGAGAUCGACAUUCACUGGAGGGAGUUUGUACGCUCGCUGGAGGGCCUGUCAGCAAGGAUGCAUGGACCUCAGGAUUUGGAGCAAGUGCUUCUGGGAAUUCACAGGCUCGUUCAUGAUGCUGUCAGGCAUGCUCAGAAAAAUGGACCGCGGCUCUCGGCACAGGUUUACAAACUGUGCGGCUCACCAAGCAGGAAGCCUGCUCAGUCGGUCAGCAUCCAGCACAGCAGCAGCAGAGAAUCCAUCCCUCUUAAAGCGUCUGUCAGAGCGCCGGGAGGCUCACUCGCUAACAGGAGAAAGGAUUUUCUGAGCAGUCUGCGUCUGUACCUCACUUACUACGGCGGCCUGGCUGAUCAGCUGUGUGCGAGCGACCUCGCGUCCAAUGACGCGCUGUCCUGCUGGAACGGAACAGAAAUCGUGAAAAGCUACACUCUCCGUGUGGUCGGAAACGGAAUCAAAGCUCAGAUCGCCAACCCCGAAGUCAAAGUGAAAGGAGCUGACCCCGUCAUAAAUCAGAUCAUUGACAAGCUCAAGCACAUCAAUCAGCUGCUGCAGGGAAAGUCGAUCCCUAAACUCGGCUCACUGGAUCAGAUUGAAACAGGAAGCGGCGAUGCAGAGGGGCGGUACAGCGGGGACUGUGACGAUGAGGACGGUUGUGCCGGUUCAGGUGCUGGUGAGGUUAAGAGGAAAGUCUCCAGAGUCUCCAAAUUGAGCCCGGAUGUGACCGGUAAUCACAAACAUCACCAUCAUUAUCACCAUCCACCUGCCAAGGAUUCAGAAGUGAAGGGCAGCUCCAGGAGCUUCAGACUGACAGGAGCCAUCUGGGUCCUGGUUUUGCCUUGUUUACAUGUGCUGCUGGCCUUGUAACAGCUGCUGCUUUGCAGCUUGAAACUUUCAGACUUGAUUUCAAGAUUAUUUAUCCAGAAAAGGGCCAGUGGACUUAAGAAGCUCGAAUAAAUCAUGGACCUUCACGUCCACACAGAGGAGGACAGGGCAGGAGUGAUUGUGCAGAAGCUACAAGACUCGGUGUCUCCUAUACGCAUAUGGUGGCUUUGAAAUGUAUGAAUUAUUUUUUUAUCAGUCACCUGGCAUUUAUUAACACUAACCAUGACUUAUUUAUAAAAGGUGAUGUCAAAAAACAAACGAGUACCGCAUAUGUUGUAAAGUUGGAUUUCUGUAUAUUCAGCAUAAGGUGUGUGGAAAGCAUUUAAUUACAAGAAUCAAACUACAUGUACAUGCAGUAUUUCAUUUAAAAGCAGUCUUUUUUUUUAUAAUAUAAAAGUGCUCAAAUCAUUGUUGAAACCUUCAAUAACUUACAUGUCAGGUAUGAUCUGUAUAUUAUACAUUUUACUAAUAACAAAUACAAAAAAGGAACUGGAAAUAUCUGCUUCUCUUCGAUAAUAGCUGCCUUGCUGUCCAGGAUCCAUUUAAUUGGUAUACUUCAAUUGUAAAACUGACCUGUGAUGCUUUGCGGAGAGAAACGAUGAAAGGAGAGCGGUGAGCAGGUGGACGUGGGGGGCAAGUGAAAGAAUUUAUACCCCUUUCUUCUUUAGAAAUAGAUUAGUUUCCUCAGGAGUCUAUUAUCAUCUUUCAAACUCAAUCCUCCUCUGCCUUCAUAGGCCUGGAUAGGGGCUGAUAGCUCCUGGAGCCACCGGUGAGGAAGAAUCCAAUUGCUUCUACCUUCUACCUGCCUGCAUACCGCCGCUGUGCCGCUGACAGGUUUCCGUACAGAGAAAAGUAAAAUGAUUUGUUUCACAUAUGCCAUGCAGGUCUCUUAGUGGCUGAGAGAGAAAAGUGGUACUGAAGAAAGGCUCUUUGCUCACAUAUCCCAGGGAGCUCUCUCCAGUGGCUAAAGUGAUCAUUUUUAUAUCUAAAAUGUCACUACUAUAUUUAGCAUAUGCACAUAAAUACAUACAGUACACAUUGCAGAAGUAAAGGUAAACCUUAAAGCUGCUACUGUAAAUAUAGAUCGCGGUGUAAAAGAGGCAUUCCAAUUUUUUCUAUAAUGGUUCGAGUGUACAGAAAGAUUUCUACCACAAUAUACUUUAAUAGGAGUAAUAACCAAUAAUGAUUAUUGUUAGGAUGAUGUGAAAUUAAUUUAUGAAGUCAUAUUACAAUUAAUAUGUACUGAGAAAUGUAUGUGAGACCCAUGACUGUUCACUGCUCAUCUUAAUGUGGAACCGAGCGGCGCAAAGUGCAAAUUGGAUUUCGUCUUUAGCUUCACCUUAAAUCCCCUCUUCAGUCGCAGCUUUUUUUAUUUUCCAGCUGAAAUAUAAUUUCCUUGGGUGCUCUGUUUGAUCAUAUACGGUCAUAUUUUAAAAGCCUGCGACCUUGCUCAGACUGCGGCUGUGAGGAAGCGCGAACACUAAUUGCUUUCAUUGGCCAUUUUCACCUUUUAUACGCCAGGUUAGACUCUAAUGCAUUCAAGGUUGUUUAACUAGCUGCAAGCUUUGAGUCUCAAGGUUAAUAAACGUGUAUACAUUUUACUCAUCAUUUCUUGCAUCGAUUUAGCGUCUUAUCUUGUGGCUUCUGAUCUUGGGCGAGAUUCCCAAAUGACAAUUGCACUUUGAAACAAACUUGAGGCAGUCGUUUGACUUCAUAAUAAGUCACAACUGCUGCCUCAAACCAAUUAUAUCACAGGUUGCCGCCCUCAAAGUUAAGGCUGUUGUCGUUUGAACAACCGUCUUAAUGACACCCCUGAAGAAUGUGUUCAUCCUCGCAAUGACAGACGGCAGACGCAGAGACAAAGGUGCCUUGAGGCUAAAUAGAGAUGCCAGGUUAUACUGGUACUCCUUACUUAAAGAAAGGGUUUGAUUAGAUGUCUUAUAUAGUUUUUAUUGCUACAUAGCGAGACUGUUAUCCAGAGGAGGGAGGAAAGGGGCCAGAGGCUGAUAGUGAUGCCAAGGAGGUGCCAUUCAGCUGUCACUGCAACAUGCCAGAACCUCUUGAAUAACAUGUUUACUUUCUAAUAUCCAGUUUGGAAAGAAAAUGUGUAAUUUGCAAAAUGAAAUGUGUGUACUACAUGUAAAAUAACAAGUUUUUCAUUACAUCUAGGGCUUAAUUUUCAUGUUGUCAGUUCACUCUGUUAUAAUAAGGCACUGAAGUGACUGCUUAGAUAUUGGAAUGCAACAGCAUUUCUAAAAAUAGGUCAGAUGUUACGAGAAUCACAGUCGGACCAUCAGGUCAUGUGAAAUGGGUUUGGAAGAGGAAAACAAGAGAUUGAAGUCAAACUGUAAAAUAACUAAAUGUCCAUACUAUACAUCAAUCACUGUCAACGGACCAGAUUCAGGUUUAGCUUUGACCUACUGUACUUGCCAUAGUUAUUGCACCGCAUUUUCCUUUGCAGUGAUCACAAGUUACUCGGUUUCAGCUCUGAAUAAAGUCUUGGACUGUUUA